UCGAGAUACGGUGCAAUCUGAGGUUGCCCUUCGAUCCGAUCUGACCGGCUUCGGUUUAUUGCCGCGUUCUGGAAACGGCAGAAUCUGCCGUGCACACACACACACACGCACACACCGGAUGGACCACCGAACGGUGUGCCGAAACAGGUUCGGCUUACAUCAACAAGAUCGGUGGCUAUAUAAGAAGACGAGCAUCACUGAGCUUCUUAUUAGUCACGAACAGAGUGCGUUAAAAGUUGGAUCAUUUCGGUUCGUUAUUGUUUCACGAUGGCAAAGUUUUUGGUUUCGUCCAUUUUCCUGCUGGUUGUCGCCGUGAUGGUGGUUAGCGCCCAAGGUCCUGGAGGACAUGGUGGACACGGAGGAUUUGGAGGUGAACACGGCGGCGGACACGGAGGGGGCGGCCAUGGAGGUGGCUUCCAGCAGCACGGACAUGGGGGCGGUGGCCAUGGGGGCGGUGGACAUGGAGGAGGUUUCGGAGGUCAGAGCGGCUUUGGAGGAGGCCACGGGGGUGGCGGUCAUGGAGGUGGCGGUCACGGAGGCGGCGGUCACGGCCACGGCUACAAGAAACACGGAUACUAGGCAAAUUUGAAACUACGAAAUAAAUGUUGGUUUAC